AUGAGUAAGGAAGUAAUCAGUGAUUUGGCGCGGGCGGGCAGACCAAGCAAGCCAGUGUCGUCAACGGGAUCGCCGCUUUUCCCUCCUCCCACCACCAUUUACCCGCCAGGCACCAUGGACGCCCAGAAACAGCUGCAGGCCCUGUCCGACGAAUUCCAGCAGCUGCAGACGGAACUCGAGGGCCUGGUCGACGCCCGCCAGAAGCUCGAAUCGCAGCAGCAGGAGAACCAGGGCGUGCAGAGCGAAUUCGCCCAGCUGGACGAUGAAUCCAGCGUCUACAAACUUGUUGGUCCCGUGUUAUUGAAACAAGACAAGAACGAGGCUGUCAUGGCUGUCAAUGGGCGGUUGGAGUUUAUUGAGAAGGAAAUCAAGCGCAUUGAGGGACAAAUCGAAGAGGUUGAGGAGAAGAGUGAGAAGAAGCGCUCUGAGGUCAUCCAAUUGCAAAGUCAGGCCCAACAGCAGGCUGCGAGUGCUCCUGCGUAG